UUAUUCUUUGCAGCUAAGAGUACAAGAAAGUAAAAACUAUUCUUUCAUAGAAUAAGUACUACCGUGCAACCAGUGCCAUCUAGUGACACGGCAACUCUUCUGCGGUUCGAUUGUCAAUUGUUAAGUGCUGAUUGUGUCUGUUGGUCCCGGUAUAUCUGUCGUGAGUUUUUAUAUAUAAUUCUGUGUUCUUUCAGUAAAAUUAGGAGAAAGAAAUAUUUUUAAAUCGGGAAGGUUGUCCAGGUCAAAGAGAGAGUUGGUAUCGUGCAACGCAGAACUCCUACGUGCUUUAAUUAUGCCCAAAUAUUAUUGUGAUUAUUGUGAUACUUAUCUUACUCAUGAUUCUCCCUCUGUGAGGAAGACUCACUGUCAGGGCCGAAAGCACAAAGACAAUGUUAAAUUUUAUUAUCAAAAAUGGAUGGAAGAACAAGCUCAGCACCUAAUUGAUGCUACCACAGCUGCCUUUAAAGCUGGUAAAAUUGCAUCGAACCCCUUUGCAUCUAGUAAAGGUGGCACAGCUAUUCCACCGCCCACAAACAUGCCUCAUGGUGGCCCUCCAAGACCACCUGGUCCUGUGCAUGGGCCUCCACAGCCGGGACCAGGAAUGAUGGGACCUCCUGGUAUGCAUCAUGGUCCUAUGGGUCCCAUGAUGAUGGGCCCCCAUGGGCCUAUGCCUCCUAUGAUGGGAAUGCGACCUCCUAUGAUGGGACCUAUGAUGCCUAUGGGACCAAUGGGGCCUAUGGGACCUAUGAGGGGACCUCCACUCUUAGGAGGUCCAAUGGGACCUCCUAUGAAAAAGUAGACCAUCAGUUUGUUCAAGAUGAUUUAAAGAAGAAAAGUGGUACGACCUUGUGGUUGGUGUUGUAUUCUUUCAUCGGUUUUAUGAAUUUCAUAUUAAAGAGUAUUAGUGAUGUAAUUGAUUUAUCAGACUAAGAUGGACAAGUGUUUAAAUACUUUUAUAUUGUAUUAUAAUUAAGAUGUGUAAGAAAUAAAUAUUUUGAAAAUGGUAAGUGUUGUAUUCUUUGACCUUAUUGUUCUUACAAAAAUGUCUUUCUCACAUGAACAUUAAUUAAUUAUUAAAUUUAAUUAUUAUUUUGAAACGGGACAAAUAUGUUUGGAAUCUUUAAAUGAAAACAGAGU